AAUGCACAUGGAUGAAUGGAUAAAACAAUAGAAAUAUGCAAGAUAUCACUCUCUCUAUAUGUGUUUCUAGAUUUCGAGUUAACCGCCCUCAUUCAAGAAGAGAAGUUCCUCAGCUUAGUUUCAGGCUUCGAUUCGGACUGCGACGUUGAUCCUGACCCGAGCUUUAGGGAGAUUAUGAAAGAUGUUGAGAUCUUUGGUAACACAGUCCUCUCGGUCCUUACUCUCGUGCUACACACAAGUCGUACAACUUUUGGAUGCACCAACAGGAACAGAGGCUAUCCUGCCAUAUACAUACAUUUUGCAUUGAUUUUUUCAGAGCUCUAUGAUUUCUAACGGAACACCAUAUGACGGACAAGAUGACCAAUUUAAAGCUUUGGAGAAGCUGGGUUUUCAACAAAAAUUUCAUUAGUUUUAGAUCUUUUUGUAUUUGGUUUUACAAUGUUAACAUUUUGGUAUCAAACAAGUUACUUUUUGUUGGAUUA